AAUUUGAGUAAUAAUCUACCGGUGUGAUAUUAAAAAUGGCCGAAGAAAGCACGUUGGGAUUGUUAGGCAUCUCACAUGGUUAACGGCGUAGACUUGAGAGGCUGUCGGUCCAGGAGAGGUGCGGGGGGAGUUGAUAUUGACCUAGAUGUUCAUUCAAAGUUCGGUCGAUGGGAAUGACAUCUGCGCGUUUCGUAUUUUUCAAUUUAAUGUUAAUACGCUUUAAAAUAAUGUGAAAUGAUGUGAUUAAUUGGAAAUAAAUGGGUGAAAUGGUAUAGCGAUUAUGGAAACACGGAGUCGGUCUAGGACGUCAAUUUCGUCUGUGAUGAAAGAUAUCGAAAUGGAUUCGAACGAUUGCCGUGAGGUGAUGCUGCGAGAGCAGAUCCCAGAAGAGACACAACCAGAAAGAGGGAACUGGACUGGUCGAUUUGAUUUUCUCCUAUCAUUACUCGGAUACAGCGUUGGCUUGGGGAAUGUUUGGCGAUUUCCGUACCUUUGCUAUAACAACGGAGGAGGUGCGUUCCUCAUCCCCUUCACGGUAAUGCUAAUAAUAGCAGGUCUUCCACUGAUGUUUAUGGAGCUAUCUUUCGGCCAGUAUGCAGCCCUUGGCCCAGUCGCCGUCUACAAUAGAUUCUGCCCAUUGUUCCGCGGCCUUGGCUACGGAAUGGUGAUUGUUUCGUCCAUAGUGAUGCUCUACUACAAUCUCAUAAUUGCUUGGACUUUCUAUUACAUAUAUGUGUCGUUUGUGAGCAUCUUCUACCAAUUGCCUUGGCAGAAUUGCGAUGCAGAUUGGAGUACGGAGUUUUGCUACUCGUACGAGGCGGCCGACGAGUGCGAAGCUAACAACGGGACAUAUUACUUACGGAAAUGCUUUAAUCAAACUCAAACUGCGCUACAUAAUAUAACCGCCCUCGCAAACGUCACUUUGAGGCGGCCUCCCGCUGAAGAGUACUUUUCGAACCAUGUCUUGGGACUAUCCUCUGGAAUACAAGAAAUUGGUGGAAUACGAUGGAGUUUGGCAGCUUGUUUGUUUGCCGCGUGGGUUAUUGUCUUCUUGUGUUUAUGCAAAGGUGUCCAGUCUUCAGGAAAGGUGGUGUAUUUCACAGCCCUUUUCCCAUACGUCGUGUUGGUUAUUUUGUUCUUCCGAGGUGUUACAUUGCCCGGCGCUUCGACUGGUAUUUUAUUUUAUCUGACUCCAGACUUCAGUCAACUCGCUAAUGCGCAAGUGUGGGGCGAUGCAGCAGUUCAGAUAUUCUUUGCCUUGAGCCCCGCUUGGGGAGGCUUAAUCACACUGUCAUCGUAUAACAAAUUCACAAAUAACUGCUAUUUAGACUCCCUAAUAGUCGCCGUAUCGAACAUAGCAACAUCGUUCUUCGCGGGUCUGGUCAUCUUCUCAGUGAUUGGAUUCCUCGCGCACGAACUUGAAGUCAGCGUUGACCGAGUCGUGGACCAAGGCGCCGGAUUGGCCUUCAUCGUUUACCCUGAAGUUGUCACGAGACUGCCGCUUUCUCCGCUCUGGUCCAUUCUCUUCUUCUUCAUGCUUUUGACACUUGGACUUGACUCACAGUUUGCUUUAAUGGAAACUGUGACGACGGCGAUACUGGACAGAUUCCCGAACUUCAGAGAGAAGAAAAUAUGGGUUGUUCUGACUGUUGCCGUGUUUGGAUAUCUCGGGGGACUGAUUUUCACGACUAACAGUGGGAUGUAUUGGUUACAAUUAAUGGAUAAAUACGCGGCAAACUGGUCAGUUCUAAUAAUUGCGAUUGGGGAAUGCAUCUUGAUCGCCUGGAUCUAUGGGGCCGAGAAGUUCUGCCACGACAUCGAGCGCAUGAUCGGACGCCAGUCGAAGGCCUGGCUGGUCUUCUGGAGUACUAUGUGGAGAGGCAUCACUCCCGCUGCCCUUAUUUUCAUCCUGGUCUUUAACUGGAUCGAGUAUAAGCCGGCUACCUAUGGCCACUACGUAUACCCGAUGUGGGCAGAUGCAGUCGGCUGGAUUAUCGGAAUGCUGCCUAUAUUGGUUGUCGUAUUGAUGGCCAUAGACAAGAUUUGCACUGGUCCUGAUGAUCUGACAAUUAUGCAGAAAGCCCGCUUCCUGUCGCAACCCACGGAGGAGUGGGGCCCAGCACAGCGCCCGGCUCCGCUCGAGGAGACUGAGCUGCCUCCGCCCGUGCUGCUGCUGCACGGCAGACACGUGCUGCGGGAGCGCGGCGCUUGACCCCCGCAGAGCUAUCCGCUGGCUGUUAUGAGGAAGACGUCUAAGGAUACCGGCGACACGAUGUCCGACAACAGCGGAGUGGAGAAUGAUAUCAGAAAGGCGGAUGUCUCUAAAAAAAGAAAUUCGAUGAAGAAAAAAGUUCAAAACUUUAGCAGCGAACACGAUGACGCGGCCCUCGUCCCAUUACUCCAAACGAACAAAGAUAAACCUGAACGUAAUGCCCCAAGUGCCAAGUUCACAUUGCCAAAAACAAAGACUGAUUCAUUAAGUGAAAAGGAUAUUCAAAGUGUUGAUGUAGAAAAGGGGACAAUGUCCAAACCUUUAUAUGAUAAUGCGAUUGUCGUUUGUAAUCCUGCAGUGGUUCAGAAUCAUAUGAACACAAACGUGUUUGGGGAUAUGAUUACGUCAGAAGUGCCAAAGACCUCGGUCCUUAUUGAAAUUAGCGAAAAGAAAUCGACGGGUUUCGGUACACCCUUAAUUUUUACCACGGCGAAGAUACACACAGAUAGUAAAACGAAGACGGGGGACCCGGUGCACGUUACGCCAGUACCGAUUCUGUCUACGAUCGAAGGGAAUCGAGUAAAAUCGGAAGUUACAUACGAUAAAACUAAUAUAUUCCCUGGGAAAAUCGAGCCCACAGGCAAAGUAUUUGAGAAGGGCAAAGAUGUCCAAUCUCAAAUUAUUAAUAAUGAUGACGCAAGUGGAACAAAUCAAUCUAAAUCAUCCUCAAAUAAAUUUGCGGAUCAAUUUAAGGCGUCUGUCACGCAACCAUCUCAAUCAAAUAUAGCAACUAAAUCUGAUGCCACAAAAGCUAGUACCGUCACUACAAAUAGGACAGAUAUUACACAAAACAGAAAUGUAAAUAGCACAGUCUUGUCUAAAUCAAAACCUGAUAGCACAAGCAGUAUAAAGAAAUUACAACGCCAAAAACAUACAGAGGAAACAAAUAUAUCGCAAAAUAAUAUUGACAUUAAAAAAGACUCUGAUGUAGUUAAAAUAGAUAUAAAAACGAAUGGAACAACACAAAGCGAUGUAAACAGAUUUUCUGCCCUUCACGCUGUCAAAAGCCCGUCAGACCCAAAUAAGUCCAUUCCGACGGUUAAGUCAAUUACGGAAGUAAAAGAAAUGGUUAAGUCGCCUAUCGCUUCGAAACAAGAUAUCACAACAUCUACAGAAAAAUCUUCAACGCAAAAAAUAACCACUACAGAUGCAAAGGAAAUAGCUAAAUCUCCCGUUAUCAGUUCAACACAUAAGUCAUCCAUAGUAAAACCUACAUUGGCGCAAAAAACAAUUACUUCAAGCCCUGAAAGUAAGGAAGCGACUAAAUCUCUUGCUAUGUCUUCAAAAGCUGAAGCCGUAACGUCAAUUGCAACAUAUGGAAAUACAUCAACGCAAAAACCAAUAACUACUAUUAAUACUGGCACAGAACCAAAAGUGUCUUCUAAAGUGGAGGCAUCCUCGAUCGCAACACAACCUGGCGCUACGGUAACCCAAAAAGCAAUUACUGCAAUUGACUCUGGCUUAAAAGGCAAAGAUCCUAAAUCGUUUGUAUCUCCAAAAGUUGAGGCAACAACUAUUACAACAAAACCUGGUAUCUCAUCACAAAAAAUAACUCCUACGUCUUCAGAACCAAAAGAUAAAACUGUUUUGUCUCCUAAAAUUGAUGCAACAUCUAUCGUAAAACCUGCAACUGCGUCACAGACUAUGAAUACAAUGAAAAUAGAUGUAAAAGAUGCUACAAAAAUACCUGUCAGUUCAAAACAUGAAGAGGCUAAAGUAAAAACUGGAAUCACGGCAACUGAAAGGGCAAAUACCAACACCAUUUUAAAACAGGAGCCGAAGACAUCUGUUAAACCCACAUCUACGCAAAAAAUGGCCACCGGUACAGAAGCUAAAUCGGCAAUCCCUACUGCAAAACCAGAAGUUAUAAAACCAAAUCAAAAAACAUUACAGACCACAACAGAACCAAAAGUAGCUUCGACUAAAAUACCAUCAAAACCAGAGGUUUUUGCGUCUGUAUAUAAACCUACGAUGGCUCAGAAAACAACUACUGGUAACACUGGCACACAAGAUAAAGAAACUACUAAAUCUCUUGCUAUGUCUUCAAAAGUUGAUACCUCAGCUAUUGCAACAAAACCUGCAGCCACGUCCACGCCAAAAGCACCACUAAACACAGUGACGGAAGCAACUAAAUCGCCAAUAUCAAAACAUGAAAUCGUGAAACCCACUCAAAAAGUACCAACCAAAGGAAAGGAAUUGCCAACAUCAAUAAAAACACCCAAACCUUCAACAAAAUCUGACAAACUAAAAUCCCCAACUCAAAUGCCAUCUCAGAGUCUACCAGGAGCGAAUAAACCAAAAGCAGGUAGUGAAGUUUCAGGUAAUGCCAAGACUAAAGUACCUUCAUACAUUGUAGCAACGUCGAAAACCAAAAUAGGUACCCCAAAUAAACCAGAAGACUCCAGUGCAUCAACUACUUCAGUUAGUAAACCAGAUUCAAAAGACGGUAAGUCAGAUACAAAGAAUCCACCAAAAUCAUAAAUUUUGUUUUAGGUAAAAACCUUGUAGAUUUGAGUCUACAAGAUUAUUUUAUUAGCUGCUGCAUAUUUUUCUUAAAACAUUGGUGCUAAUUGUAAUGUACUAACAUGUCUAAAUAUCUGAUUACAUAGACUAUUAUUUUUUCACAGACAACAGAAUGCUAAGCUAUUUUGUUAAACUUAAUUUUUUUUUAAAUAUUUUAAUUAAAUUCGAUUAUUUUCUAAUAAUUGACAUUAAGUAUGCCCGAGUAAGUCUCUUUUAUAAAUUGCUACACGUAUAUUUAUAUAUUCAAAUUAUAGAACUUUUACCUGUUUUAUAUUAAAUAUCAAGGUUGUCGAAUUAUAAUGACGUAACAGUGUCGACAUAACUAGAAGGUACCAAAAACCUCGAAAGUUAUCAUUGCUCAGACUUUGUCAAAAGGUACAUUGAAAUAACAUUCAAUGUAGAUGUAUUAUAUCUAUGCAAAGUUAGAUUGUACUCCUCCCUCAAACGCCGGCUUCACACCCACUAAAAAUGGGUGUCGAUGACUACCCUUUUUCGAGUGUACCAAUUCUUAAAAGGCGGCAACGCACCGCCGCACUUAAUAUCAGUUGAGCCUCCUGCCGGUUUACCCCUGGACCAUAAAAAAAAAAUUGUAGUAGGUACAUUAGAAUUAGCACCAAUAUCUGAUAAUAUUUGCUUGUAUUUUUUCCAUAUGUUCUUUAAUUGUAAAAUAAAUUAAAAUAAAGUCCACCGUAUAUAAUUUGCUCACUUAGGUAAUCAUAAAGGAAUUGAGUGUAAAUUAUUAUAUAAUAAUUAUUAAUGUAAUUAUUAUUAAUGGUAACUAAGUUGCUGGUAUUUGGUAAUACUUUAAAAGUAAAUAGCCAUCUUGAAGUUAGCGGUGCUAAAUAUUCUAAUAGACAAUAUUUAAUUGCUAUCAUCAAUUUGAAGGCGAUGAGUUUCGGCUCGAACACUGUCAAUUUUGAUAAUUUAACACAAUUAUGAAAUGUCAAAUGUCACGAAUGAAAAUGAGAGAAUAAUGAAAAUGGCAGGGUAGAUACAGAUAAUACGAAAUGAUUAAGAUUUUUGAUGUGUUAAUUUAAUAUACUUUUGUAUGUGAUAUUUUGAAAUUUUAACAGAAACAUAAAAAUUUACUUUAUAAAAUCAUUAACAUUUUUAUAUUUUAUACAAUAAUAUUCUACAUUUUUUAUUUAAAAUGUUAUAUGGCUCACAAGAAAUGUAAAAUAACGUUUUAAUAAGGCCGGUUAACUGCUCAUUUAAAAGCCGCUUUCUUUAACAGUGUUAAAAGAAGUAAUGAACGUGGCUCAAUACAUUGUUCACUCUAAAGUACUUUGAAUAAAAAUAUUAAGAGACUCUUGCUCAUAACUAUAUUUUUAAUCUGUGAUUAUUUUUUUUAUAUAAAUGUUACUAGACAUAAUCCAAUAUUCGUUUUAUAAUUUAAAAAGUUCCUUGACUGCGAAAAGGUCAAUAAAUACAAUUCUAUACUAAUAUAAUACACGCGAGAUUUGAUAUUUUUUUCAAAGAGUUUUAAUCAAUUUCAGCCUUUAUAAUUAUUCAGAUUUAAUAUAUCAAUACAUAAACUUUAAUACGAAGACAAUAUUAUUAAUAUUUUAUGUUCCUAUGCGUUUAAUUUUAAGAAAGUUUAUUUUAAUUAUAAAAAUGUAACUUGUGGUAUCGAUUUUCGAAAAACAAAGGCACAAAUAUAUAUAUAAAUAGUAAAACAAAUGAACCUUAAAUACUAAUGUGUGUAGUCCUGUUAACAUUUAGUUUAGAAUGUGAAAAUUAGUCUUCAGAAUAGAAUUUUCAAAUUUCUAGUAGCCUAACAAAUGGCAGUAGACGCCAGAUUUCUAGGAAAACUCUUAUUUUAAUAGUUGAGCUUAUAUCUUUCACUAUAAAAUGUUCAUAUACAAAUUAUUGGUGUAUUAACUGUUCGAUUGGGUGUUAUUUAUGAAUGAUUAGAUAUUAAGAAAGCCGUGCGUAACCACGUACGCAAGAAGUCCAUAGUUUUGCACAAAUCAAUUAUAUUAAUAAACUUCGAUUUGUCAGUUGUCAAAAGUUCAAAAAUGGCGGACUGUCUAUUGUCUACUACAUUGUAGUUUUACAAUAAUUUCUGUUUCACGAGAUUUUGGAAUUAAAAAAAGUAACAAUACGUUAGAUUGACCGUAAAACCAGGCCGAACGACAAAUAAAAAAAAAAGAAGUUGUCCAUUCUUUCAAUAUUCCCGCGCAAAACAAAACAGCACCCAUUGUGCGUGCUUCAGAUUGAUUUGGCGUGACUAUGGAUUUUCCGAAUAGCUUCAAAACAAUGACUGAAUCAUGAAGCUAUUUAUUAAUUAAGUAAACGAGUACCUAGUAACAUCUAAAUAGGUAGAUGUGUUGUACCAUAUCCAAUCUCCAGUAAUGUUAAGUCGAGUUAGAAUCUAGACGUGUUUAGAUGUUAUAACAAAUUUUUAGUCCGUAGUUAUGCAGACAUUGUAAGUAUUCAAUUUUAUUUAGAAGUAUUUAUUUUGAUAAAAUGGUUUUACCCCGUUACGUUUUAUAUCAAUGUUUACAAUUAUUUGUUAGGAAUAGUUGUUUUAUAAGAAUAUCAAAUACCUUUCUACAUUUUUGAUGAACCUAUUUUGUGAAAUGGUUUUUAUUGAUGUUAAUUUCAUUGACAACAUUUCAUUUUUUGGUGACGUACAUUUAAAAUUUACAAAUUCACGAUUUUGUAUUUUAUGUCUAAACGCAAAAUGACACUGGCAACUAUUUGGCAAUGAAAUGUCAUAAUUUUGAUAAUUUUAAAGUUCUAAAUGUUGCUAUGAUCAUGAUAAAGAAUUACGAAACACAAUUUUUGUUUUGGAAUUUUGAAAUGUUGUCAAUUGUCACGGAAAAAAUAUUUUACUGGUUAAAAGAGACCGACGUCAAACGUGGUUAAAAAUAUCUUUGUUUAAUAUUUGAAUAUUUUAAAGUCAACAAUCAAAAUAUCCUCCAUAUUUUGUUUUUAAUGUAGAGUUUAGGCGCCAAAUGAACUUUUUACACAGAAAAAUGACCGUGAAUGACAUAGACCGUAAAUAAAAUGACCGUUGACAUACGUACAUUUUCCCACAAAUUUAUACGCCUAAUAUUAGAAAUUGUUGUUAACUCGAUGUAUUUUAGAGAAUUAUUCAAUUAAUCGAUGUUAUAUAGAUGUUUAUUGUAAAUAUAGUAUAUAAUUUUGAUGAAGCCAAGAAAGUUCUGAGUGUUUAUAGAUGGCUGUAUUUUUGGGUGAUAUUUUAGAUGGUCAGCAUAUCUUUGAUAACAUUAUAUGAAAGGAUGGAAUGGGCAAAUAAUUAUUUAGAAAUGAUGUGAUAAAUAUGCAUUUAGUUCUAGAGUUGUUGUGCUAUUAAUAAAAUAUGUUUAAAUUUA